AUGGAAAAGUCUUUUACGAAGCGAAUUCGAUACAACGCUCAUCUGUAUCGCAAUCGUGACCAUCUGGUAGAGCAUGAUAAUGCAAUUGCAACUGAGAGUGCUCAUGGUACACAAGACGAACAAAACAUUGCUGAGAAUGUAUCUUUUGAUGCUGGAAUAGCUGGUGAUCAUGUCACACAGGAUGUUUCAGAAAACGAAACUAUGGAAAACGCUGAGGAUGAUGCUGACGAUAAUAACGAUGAUAAUGCUAUCGAUUAUCUCGUUGAAAGUUCGGACGAAGAGCAGGAGUCGGAACAAUACAGUAAUGUAUUUUCGGUGCAAGAUGCUCUACGUCGCUGGGCCAUAUCAAAAAAUCAAACUUACGAGUCAAUCGAGGAAGUUAUGGAUAUAAUACGGAAAGUAAGUAACUGCAAGUUGCCUAAAGAUGCCAGAACCCUGCUGAAGACCGAUUGCAACCCUUCGAUUGAAAUAGUGACGGUACAAGGAGGCCAAUAUUGGUAUCAUGGAGUUCAAAAAUGUUUUCUAAACGAGCUAAGCCAUGUAAAUUUUCGUUCCAUUUGUACGCUUGUGUUAAAUAUUGCAAUCGACGGGUUACCGAUCUUCAAAAGCAGUAAAUUGCAAUUUUGGCCCAUACUUAUUAACAUUCAUGAAAUGCCAGAAGUACCAGUUAUGAAAGUUGCUAUAUACUGCGGACCAACAAAACCAGCAAGUAUCGAACACUUUCUUCGUCCUUUCGUGGACGAACUAAACUUCCUAAUGAAGAAUGGAGUAAUGGUUCAAAAUAAGAAGUUUAAUAUACAACUACGUGCCAUUAUAGCUGAUUCUCCUGCUCGUGCGCAUAUCAAAGGUGUUGCCAAUUACAACGCUCGACACGGCUGUUUAAAAUGCACUACGGUAGGACAGAGUAUGCGAAGAAGAGUUGCGUUCCCGGAUCAAAUUGCUCCAAAUCGUACUGACGAGGGAUUUAGAAUGUGUAUAUAUGGCCCUCAUCAUAAAUUUGAAUCUCCUCUAGUACAUUUGGACAACUUCGACAUUGUGAAACAAGUAAUAGUUGGAGAUUCGUUGCACAUAAUCGAUUUAGGAAAUACCAAACGACUAUUGAACAGUUGGAUAAACGGGAAACUUGGAUUGGCACACAAAUUAUCAACACAACAGAUUAAUAACAUGUCAGCUAUGUUGUUAAAUACUAAAUUACCAUCCGAGAUACAUCGCAAAUUUCGUUCUCUUAACGAUCUAAAGUACUGGAAAGGGUCUGAGUUAUCCUCAUUUUUAUUUUACGCUUCAACAGCUGUACUUAAAGAACAUUUAUGUGAAACAAAAUGGAACCAUUUUAUGUUAUACUUUUGUAGCAUUACACUGCUAUCUUCAGUGGUAUACAAAGAGCAUUGGCCACUUGCACAUUCGCUCCUACAGCUUUUCGUUCAACAGUACAAAACUAUAUACGGCCCAGAGUAUAUUUCUAGUAAUGUGCAUAAUCUGUUGCAUAUUUACGAUGAAGUAGAACAAUUCGGUCCUCUUAAUACUUUUUCUUCCUACCCAUUUGAAAAUGAAUUGCAGCAUAUAAAACGUUUGCUGCGAAGCGGUUCAAAAAGUUUGGAACAAGCUAUCAAUAGAAUUUCAGAAAGGGAAACUUUUAAUACGGAUCAUAGUAACGAAAAUGUUGCAUAUCCCUUAAUUAAACAAAGAGGCAAUUUAAUCUCACUUUAUGUACGCAAAGGAUUUUGCUUAAAAAAUGAUCAACGCAAUGCAUGGUUAUCAACAUACAUCAUGCGAAUAUAA